AGGAUCGACGCACGCUUGUUAAGAUGGGAAGAUGGCGUUUCAUUCUCGUACAGCUCCUUGUCAUCUCUGCGGGUGCGGUAGCUCAAGUGGUUGAGUUGGACAAAAGCGAUGUUCCCGUUGAUGUUGAAAGUGGAGUCCAACAAAUUCACAUAGCCCAGGGCAUCGAUCCCACAACUAUGGUCAUUUCGUGGUUGACGCCCAACUAUACGGCCCCAGCUCCAGCCAGCCAAGUGCGAUACGGCCUUGAUCCGGACAAUUUAGAUUGGCUGAUCACUAAUCAAGAUGCUUUCACAUACACCAUACCGGCGGGAUACGCCAAACAAGAUCAAAAAAGUCCCUAUCCGGAUUAUACAAGCGGCUGGUUGCACAACGUGGAGCUUCGCAAUCUCCAGCCCAACACCUUGUAUUAUUAUCAAUGCGGUGAUUUUAGUAUCCUUCCGUCUAAUGGCGACGACUAUCCAUACACGCCCCCCACCGGACGUUCAGGGACGUUGUUCUUCAAGACAUUACCCGCAGUCGGGAAGAAGCUCAAAGAGCCUCUUGUAUUCGGCAUGGUGGCAGAUAUUGGACAAAAUCCGGACGCGCAACGCUCGGUCUUACGCCUCUCCCAGAACGAUCCUGCCCUGAUUCUCAUCGUUGGAGACGACGGCUAUGCAGAUUGUGUGGGUACUCUGUGGGAUUCAUUUCUUAAUAUGCUCACGGGCGUAUCGUCUUUCGUAUAAGUCUGCAGAUGCUGCCGACCCCCUCACCCAUUGGCUCAUCACGCUUUCCUCCAAACCGAUACACUUACACAGCCCUACCAUGUUGGUGGCAGGGAAUCACGAGGUUGAGUGGC